AUGGUUGACUACGCGAAAAAGACGGUUGCAGAGCUCCAAGAGAUCUUGAAAUCGCGAAGCUUGCCUCACACAGGAAAGAAAGCAGAGCUUGUUGCAAGACUGAACGAGGCCGAUCAAGCUGCAGCAGAGAAUGAAGCAUUGAAGGCUCCCCCGGCCGAAUCCACCACCGCGCCGCCUGCGCAAAUACCAGAGCCUGCUGCACCAUCAACAUCAGAAGCCCCUGAAGCAGACCAACCCGGACCAACAGCCGCAGAGCCUGCGACGGUAGAGCCCACCGCCGCGAACGAUGACAGCGCCCAAGCUACCGCAGCAUCUUUCGCCCUGAACCUCCCCACGUCAGAGGUGGACGCAGAAAUGGCCAAGCGCAAAGCACGCGCCGAACGCUUCGGCACCGGAGCCGCCGUUGCCAAUGGAGAGACUGGCGCAGUGGGCACAGAGGGAGCAGACGCGGAAGCUCUGAAGGCACUGGAACGUGCUAAGCGCUUCGGUACCGGACAGACCGCAAUGGGAAAACUGGACGAGGCACUACCAUCUGAUUCAAAGCGCGACUCGAGAAAACGUGGCCGGACAGAGGAGGACAGCACAAUGGACGACCCCGGAUUGCGGAGAGGCUUCGGCGGCCGUGGUCGAGGCGGUGGACGAGGAGGCCGAUUCCAGGGACGAGGACGCGACAACUCGCAGAGAAGACGGGGCGAUAGACCCGGUGGCGUCAGCAAGCCGUUCGGUGCUUUCUCGACAGAGGCAGACCGCCUCGCUGCCGAGGCCAGGAAGAAGAAGUUUGCGAGCGCGACGUGA